UGAUUGGCUGUGUGUAUAUCUACCCUCUGAUUGGCUGCUUGUGUGUAUAUGUCCUCGGAUUGGCUGCGAGGUAGAUGAUGGAGGACACGGGGUCAGACUUCACCAUGACCUUCAGACAGCUCAGCGAGGCGUCAGUGCAGCAGCUUCACCGCGGUGGCUUCACUCAGGUGACGUGGGCUCUUCAUGACCUCUCGUCCCACCAGCUGUUCUCUGAUUGGUCGAGGUUGUACCUGCUCAGGCUGGCCAGACAGGAAGGCGAUAAUGACGAGGAUCGACGGCACCGGAUGAAGAGUGUGAACCCCAGGUACGUCCUGAGGAACUGGAUGGCUGAGUCGGCCACCAGGAAGGCAGAGACCAACGACUUUUCAGAGGUGGUGCUGUUACAUGAUGUUCUGGGGAACCCCUUCAUAGCGCAAGACGCUGCAGAGGAGACAGGCUAUGCAGCGCGGCCUCCGCUGUGGGGGCGGAGGUUAAAGAAAUAUGGAGAACUUGGAUAUUUUCAUCCGUUACUUCCCCAGGGUAGGCUGAGCAUCAGAGGCUCUGUGUCCGAAUCUCUCUGCUAGCUAGCAUGCUAAGUGCCCUAACAUGCAACGUAGCAUAGCAUCCACAGGGAAUAUGUGUGUACAUUUAAGGAGAAGAUGAAACGGUAAAUUCUUAAUUAAUUUGCGAAAUGGAUCUUUAUGUUGACUAUAUUGAUACCAAUCGCAUAAACAACAAAAAUAAAACUCACCAUCAAAUCAGCCUGCAGAUAUUAUUUUACACUUUACUACACCGUGUGAAUGUCUGUUUCUUGUGUCAUGAUGUGUUGAUUUCACCGCAGGAUUUUUGGCACCAGAUUCCUGUCCCAUUUCAUGUGUUCAUAUAUCCUGUACAAUGUCCUGUGUUCAUAUCAAAAUCUGCCAAUAAGCAGUCAAUUGACCAUGGAGACAGUAAGAAAGGCCUGAUUGCGUCUAAGGAAGACAUUUUAAUAAAAAAUUAUAGAUGUCUGAAGGUUUAUCCAGAGCACUCUGCAAUCUCAUGAAGCCUAAAAUG